AUGGGCCCUAAGCUAAGAAUUAAGCGAACCAUUGAGUCCCUGAAUUACGAUGUAUUUGAGAAACUGACAAGGGCACUUAAUCAAGAAAUCUCUACGAUUGGCAGCUAUCUCGAUUUAGCAGGAAGGCUGAACUGUACGGUGGUGGAUGUACAAAAAUUCGCACUCGAGAGAAAUCCAACCUUAGCUUUACUUGAGCAUUGGUGCUCGUCAAAAUGUGGGGCGGAAAAGACAGUUACUAUCUUAAUGUCCCAUUUACAAGCUAUAGGAAGAGAUGACUUAGUUGAAUUUUUACGACCACAUGAAUAUGAAUACAUCGACAAUA